AUGACACAAGCAAAGUUCCUGGAGAAGAAGUCCAUGCAUCUUCAGAAUUUCCGUCGGUACAAAGAUUACGACGGCAUUCUCCGGCUUUACGGGCGUCUCCAGCAUUCCGAACAACCAGCAGCGACUAAGCACCCAAUGCUACUACCGCCUGCUUUGGAAGCCUGGUUCACCCGCCUCAUGGUUCUUCGCAAACACGAAAGGAUGGUCCACGCCGGGGUUCAGGAGACUCUACAUCAGAUACGGGAGGAUUACUGGGUGAUCAGAGGAAGGCAAUCUGUUAAGUACGCCCUGCACCACUGCUACUUUUGCCGACGUCUCCGAACACAUUCAUGCACCGAGCGAGAGGCGCCCCUACCGAAGGAUCGAGUUUCACAGCAACUUCCGUUUGACGUGGUCGGGGUAGAUUUUGCAGGUCCACUGUAUUACAAAACAGCGCACGGAUAUUCAAAGUCGUACGUGACACUCUUCACUUGCACAGCUACACGAGCCAUUCAGCUAGAGUUGGUAACGGACCAAGCCUUCGGCACCUUCCUCAUGGCGUUUAAGCAAUUUGUGGCUCGCAGGGGUAUACCAUAG